AUGAUUGUCAGUGCGCAUUAACCCCACAGCUUGCUAGGGGAUACGGAGCGGGUACGUGAGUGUGCGCCACUGAGAACAGUCUGCACAAGGAGAGAGAGAGGGAGAGAGACAGAGAGAGAGAGGGGGAGAGAGAGAGAGAGGCGAGGGUACGAGGAGCAAAUGUAUCUAUUGCUGUGCACUGCCGGAGAGAGGAGCGGAGCGCUGUUCAGCAUCACUUGUCCACCCAACAAGAAAGACUGACUGCUAGACUGAAAAGUGGAUAACAGCGCGGACCUCAUAUCAAAUUAUUUGUGGAUUUAGACAGACCGCAUUCCGUAUUCGAUAUCAGUUUGUUGUGCGUUACCAACUCAAGAAGAGAGAGCAAUCGAAAAAAGGGAUGAACGCAGAGGUGCUUUUGGGAAAAAGUUGUCAGUUAUGGAGAAAUAUUCUUAAUUGACUGUUUGAGAAAGUAUAUGGGAGAUAUCAGCGCAGAGACAGUCGUAAUUUCAGAGACAUUGCACAGUGCGCUUGAAUUUCUAGUCCUGUGAUUGCCUGGUGCCGCGGCAGACCCCUACCAGCGAGCGCCAGCUCCGUUUCAACAGUCGCAUUGACUGAGCGAAGGAUUCUGGUCCCACGGUUUCAGAAACAGCCGAGCUGACGUCUAAAGCUGUCAGAAAAUGUUGGCGAUUUACUUCUUCAUCUGCCUUAUUGGAACAGCUGCCCAGGCUGCCUACUUCUCCCAGCAGCCCCAGGACCAGGUGGUGGUGGCGGGCCAGUCUGUGACGCUGCCCUGCGUCAUCGUGGGCUACCGCGGGAUGGUGCAGUGGACCAAAGACGGCCUGGCGCUGGGCGGGGAACGAGACCUGCCAGGCUGGACGCGCUACUCCUUAAUGGGCGACCCGCUAUCAGGCGAGCACAGCCUGCUGAUCGACGCGGCCGAGCUGGCGGACGACGCCGUGUACGAGUGUCAGGCCACGCAGGCGGCGCUGCGCUCCACCGGGGCCAAGCUCACCGUGCUGGUUCCUCCAGGAGAUCCCGUGGUGGAAGGGGGACCGGUGGUUCGUCUGAAGGCCCACACGCCUCACAACCUCACCUGCAGGGCCUCGGGGGCCAAGCCGGCCGCCGAAAUCACCUGGUACCGGGAUGGGGAAGUCAUGGAGACAGCCGUCUACUCUAAGACGAGGAUGGAGGAUGGGAAGAGGGAGCUGGCUGUCAGCAUGCUCCCCAUCGUCCCAGAGGACCGGGACUCCGGACGCACCUACACCUGCCGGGUCCUGAACCCCGCUGCGCCCGCCGGACGCCAGACAUCCGUCACCAUCAGCGUCCAGCACCCCCCCACGGUGACGCUGUCAGUUCAGCCCCAGACAGUGAUGGAGGGGGCCAAGGUUCUGUUCAUCUGCUCUGCCUCCGCCAACCCGGAGAUCACAGGAUACAGAUGGGCCAAAGGAGGGGUCCCUAUCUCGGAGGCCAAUGGGGACAGUCUGGAGGUGACUGUGGACCACUCCUACUUCACAGACCCUGUCUCCUGUGAGGUGUCCAACUCAGUAGGCAGCACGAACGUCAGCACCCUGGUGGACGUGCAGUUCGGGCCCAGACCCCUGUCUGAGCCCAAGCCCAUGACGGUGGACACGGGGAUGGACGCCGCCUUCACCUGUGGCUGGACGGGGAACCCUCCCCUGACUCUGGCCUGGACCAAGCAAGGCUCCAACGUGGUGCUCAGUAACGGGAACACCUUGCAGCUGAAGGCCGUCACCCAGGAGGAUGCUGGGACGUACACCUGCAAGGCCAUCGUGCCCCGCAUCGGCGUGGCCGAGAGGGACGUCAGCCUGACCGUCAACGGCCCACCUAUCAUCGCAGCAGAGGCCACGCAGCACGCUGUCAAGCACUCCAAGGGCAAGCUGGAGUGCCUGGUGGGAAGCAGCCCACCUCCGGAAAAGAUUGUGUGGAGCUUUGGAGACGUGAGCCUCUCCUCCGGGUCUUCCGGACGCUUCUCCGUCCAGACGGUGGCCAGCGACCACGGCGUGCUCUCCUCCCUCGUCCUGUCCGAGACGCUGGCCCAGGACUUCCAGCUGCGGUUCAACUGCACCGCCUGGAACCGCUUCGGCACAGACACCGCCCUGGUCACCCUCAAGGAGCAAGAGGCUCUGCCCAUGCUGAUCAUCGUGGGGGCGUCUGUGGGCGGCGGGUGUGUCCUGCUCAUCUGUGUCGUCACCCUUGUGUCUUUGUGCUGCAGACACACUGGCAAAGGUGAGCUCAAUGGUAAAAAGUGCACACGUCUCUCCAAGAGUGACAUCAGAGUCCAGAUCGUCCACAGCGAUCACAAUGCCACCCGCGGCAACGACGACGAGGAGGACGUCAAGGAGCCCAUGGUACUCAUCCCCCCCUCCGCUCUGCCCAGAACAGCUCCCAACAGCAGCGAGUCUCCGGGGACGUCUCGUACGGAGCACAGCGACCUUCUGGAAGAGGAGGACGACGAGCGCUCGGACACCAAGGACCCCACCAACGGCUACUACAACGUCCGCGCCCACGAGGACCGCAACGUCCGCAGCAGUGGCUUCUCCGAGUACGUGCCCAACCCCCGCCCCGUCUACACGCCCUCCCAGCUGCCCUCGCCCAGCCCGCUGUACGGCCAGCACAGCGCCCAGCCGCGCAUCUACGACUUCUCCCACCGCUACGCCACCACUACGGGCGCCCGCUCCACCUACGAGCAGCAGCAGGCGCAGCAGCAGCAGGCGGCCCAGCCCGCCAGCAUCUACCCGGCCGACCCCGUCUACAGCGGCUCCGCCUACCUGCCCACCUCCGCCUCCGCCACCGCCACCUACGGCCGCGCCUUCACCAGCUACGUCAAGCCGGCCUCCUAUGAGAAGGUGGAUGCCUACGACCAGUUGGACCAGGCCAGCAAGGUGUCCGGCUCCUCCCGCUUCUCCUACGCCUCGUCGCAGGUGUCCUCGCAGCAGUCCGACUACGGUCGCCCGUCGCAGCGCAUGCAGACGCACGUCUGAUCAGGCCGGGGGAGCGCGGCGAGAGUGCACGGGAGUGGCGAGAGGGGGAAACUCGGGGUCGCCUCUGCAAGGGAAGUGUGGGGGGGAAGGGCGGGGGGGGGGGCCGAGGGGAGUAACGUGAAGGGGAGAAGAGACUCUUUUGAUUGGUCCUUCCCCACCCCCCCCCGGAUGGUUUUGGAGGGAGACAGUGUGAUCUCGGUUGUGGGAAGAUGACCGUCCUUAAUUUAUUCUUGUGUUGUGAACGAACACGGGUGGGUGCCGUGGAUCCCUACCAAGUCCGCGAGGAGGCGGAGUCCUCUGAUUGUGACUCGCCACUCAGUCAUCUCACACGCCACAGUGGGAUGUCUCACGGGGUUACCAGGUCACUGUAACCACGGUGACAGCCUGAGCCCACCCUGGGACUGGGUUUAGUGGCAGGUCUAACUGGAACUCCAUCCCACAAACGCACCUUUUGACUUUGAGUAGGGCCAAAAACAAUCCGGGUAUAUCAAUCCAAAAGGAUUCCAGAGUCUGCACUGAACUACAGAACAGAACCCGGACAAAACGCUGACACAAGAAGACGACAAAAGAUCACAGACGAAAGAGGGGAAAUAAACAAAACAAAGAACACAAAAGAUGACAGCCAACACAUUGUUGUCGUAAAGUGUUUGCCGGCAUGCGAGAGGAAUCCUAAGCACACUUUUGUGACUUUAGUCAACAACAGACUGAGCUAUACACAGAGGGUCCUUAACUACCCUUCACCAUAGGCUGGCUCUGGUGACGACAGGCUGGCGUUCCACGGAUUGUUGUAAUCAGUGGCGGAAUCCUUUUGGCCUGAGCUACAUUCCCUUGGCUUUUUUUCUGAUAAGGAGUUAGGAGGGAUGGAUCAGCCAGUGCCGAUUGCUGGGGAGUUAGGGUAGAGGGAAUUAUGAAGUGAAUGGGUAUUGUAGCUUUUCAUGCUAACGAGAGAUGUGUCAUUGUUCUGACAUGUUGGACAAGUCCAUGACAACCCAAAGAUGGGGAGCAACAAAGUUCUCUAGGACAAAGGAAAUGCCUCAUCUUUAUCUGGGUACUGUAUUUCCCACCGUGUCUCCAGACUGCUACAUGGGGAGCAGGCUAUCUCCAGAACAAUCAAAGGAUGGGGUUUGUAAAUGGGUGGUUAUCUUGAACUCUUUGAGAUCAGCUUGACAUGCAGUCUCAUUUUAACCAGUCUUAGAUGGGUUCGUAAGAUGUGAAGUCAUUGGACUGGACACGGUUUCACAACACAAUCAAGUAGCUUCAAUAUGUUUACAAAAGAUACACAGUACUACCCAGACAUACUGACUAAUUAACUGUACAAAUGGGUGAGCCCAAUCUUUCUCUGUUGCAUGCAGAUGAUGUCUAGUGAAACUCUUCAGCCUUUCUUUUCAUGUCCAUUCCUUGUUUGAGAGAUUGCUUACUGCACCUGGCCAAGUUGCAUUCCACAUCCUGUUACCUUCCUGAAUACCAGGAAGUUUCUGUCUGGAAUCCUGUACUGCCAUUGGUCUCUCAAGUAUUACUAGUCAGCCCAAUUUGAGAACAAAUGAAACAAAGUGAACCAUGGAGAUCAUUGCUCGUCUUUAUUUUUAUAUUUUAUAUAAGCCUUAAUGUACAGCGUGUAAGCUGCUCUAUUGUAAAGUAUCUUUAUAUUAUAUAUACAUUAUGAAGCUCUAACUUGAUUGAUUUUAUUUGGGUCCACAAAUGUCUCUCUUUUAAAGUUGUCCAUCAAUCACUGAAUGCGGAAAGAUUAACUAUGCUUUUUUGAAACAACUAAUUGCCAUUUUCCUUUUCUUUUUUU